UGUCAUUACAAACAAUAGCAUCUCCACUCCCAAAAAGGUAAUUUCCUCAUCACGCCCUAGUUACAGAACUCCUGCCAGCAAUGUACAUGAAAUGCUUGAUGGAAAUAGGACAGAGAGUUCCCAGCAUGCACUUUCCCUUCAACAAGGAAAUAAUAGGCAACGAUCACCAUCAACCACUGAUAUUAGAAACCAUGGAGCAAAAUUAUCAGAUCCAAAAUCUAAUCACCAUUCCUCAGCAAACACAGAAGAGAAAAACCUCAUUCGAACAUUGUACACACCAAAAAGACUGUCACAUUAUCCUGCAGGCUCCACAAGCUCUUUGCAGAGUGAAGGAGGACAGAGUUCAAACUCCAUUUCUCCUAGCUCUUCCCCAGCUCCCUCCCAGAAUUCUAUUAGACCAACACCAUCUCCACGACAUACACCCUCUCCUAGUCGCAGUUAUUCAGCAUCCACUUCUAACCUUUUGGCCAUGAAAAGGUUAUCAGGAAGUCAGGAGAUUGGUUCACCAGUUGGAUCUCGUUCAAAACAUGUGACCACAGGAUCUCUCUUAAAUCUGCAUGUCCAAACACCAUCUGUUUUGCUGCCCAAGCACGGCACAAAAGAAAUUAGCCUAAAUUCUGAGGAAGGAAUACUAAAAAUGUAUUUGCGAGGGCGGCCAGUUGUAAUGCACAUCCCGUCUCAACACCUAGAGAAUUACACUCCAAGUAAAGUGAACAAUGCCCCAUUACAACGACUAUGUUUAGAGUGGGUUUAUGGUUACAGGGGAAGGGAUUGUCGAUCCAACCUUCACUUACUGCCUACAGGAGAGAUGGUUUAUUUUAUAGCUGCCGUUGUUGUUCUGUACAAUGUGGAUGAACAGACUCAGCGCCAUUAUUUAGGGCACACCGAUGAUGUGAAGUGCUUGGCAGUUCAUCCAAACAAACUCGUCCUUGCUUCUGGUCAGGUAGCAGGUGUUAACCGAAGGGAAAGAAGGCCAAGAAUUGUGGAACGGCCUCAUAUUAGAGUUUGGGAUUCUGUUAGUCUCAACACCCUACACGUGAUAGGUGUUGGAGAGUUUGAACGGUCUGUUUGUUGUGUUGCAUUUUCCAAAGCUGAUGGUGGUUCUCUCUUGUGUGCUGUAGAUGGUUCACCUGAACACACAAUAUCAGUUUGGGAAUGGCAUAAAGGGGAAAAAGGCCACAAGAUCACUGAAACCAAGAGUUCAUCCGACACAGUGUUGGCUGCAGAGUUUCACCCAAUGGACCGUUGCACAUUAAUUACAUUAGGAAAAGGUCAUAUCCAUUUCUGGAGCCUAGAAUGUGGAACCCUAGCCAAGAAACUAGGACUUUUUGAGAAACAAGACAAGCCCAAAUAUGUACUCUGCAUGGCAUUCACGGAUGUUGGUGAUCUACUGACUGGAGAUUCUAAUGGCAAUGUCAUUGUGUGGUCCAGAGGAAGUAAUCGACCAACACGUACUCUGUAUGGUGCUCAUGAAGGACCAGUGUUUUCUGUGUGUGUAAUGAAGGAUGGAACGUUUGUAAGUGGAGGUGGAAAAGACAGGCGAAUUGUGGAAUGGGAUGAUUCUUGUACAAGAACUGGAAGGGGAGCAAUGUUACCAGAUACAUCAGGAGGUAUUAGAACUCUCACCCAGGGAAAAGGAAGCAUGUUGCUAGUUGGGACAACAAAAAACUGCAUACUGCAAGGAACCAUGGCUUUGAACUUCUCCACUGUUGUACAGGGUCAAACAGAAGAGUUGUGGGGACUUGCUAUCCACCCGAUACAAAACCAGUUUCUAAGUGGUGGUUAUGAUGGUAGUGUGCAUCUUUGGGAUAGUAUGUCCCAUUCUGUAGUGUGGAGUAAAGAUGUAGGGGAUCCAGUUCAGUCUGCCUGUUUUUCCCCUGACGGAAACAUUAUCGUACUAGCAACCGUCAAUGGACGAUGGGUGGCGAUGGAUGCAGCUACCAGACAAGUGUACACUGUUAAUUCUGAUAUAAAUCAAGUAAUUGACUGCAUUAAGUUCUCACCUGAUGGUAAACUCUUGGCUGCUGGUUCCCAUGACAGCUAUCUGUACAUUUAUCAAGUUCAGGAAGAUUUCAAGAAAUACAACAGGAUUGGAAAAUGUUCAGGGCACUCUAGUUUUCUGACUCACCUUGACUGGUCCGAAAACAGCACCUAUAUUCAGACAACAGCGGGAGAUCAUGAACUAUUAUUCUGGAAUGCUUCAGUUUGUAGACAAGUAACAAAUAUUGCUGUAGUCAGAGACAUCACGUGGGAGACACAAACCUGCACCAUUGGGUUUAAUGUUUUGGGAAUGUGGCCUGAGAAUGCUGAUGGAUCUGAUAUCAAUACAUGUGACAAAUCUCAUAAUAAAAAAUUGUUAGUGACAGGUGAUGACUUUGGAAAAGUGAAACUCUUCUCCUUCCCUGCAUGCCAGCCUAAGUGCCUUUACCACAUGUACAGUGGACACAGCAGUCACAUCACAGCUGUGAGUUUUCUCCCUGAUGAUACCCGAGUGAUUAGCUUGGGAGGAAGGGACUGUAGCAUCAUGCAGUGGUCAGUCUGCUGAGACAGUGGAUACAAGGAGUAUACAGUGUUUGAGAUGUGCAUUUUUUAAACAGUCUUUCCAUUGAAGGUCUACAAUUAUGCUCAUAGUUUUUUGUUCAAUAAUAAUUGAUAAGGGUUGACUGACAGCUUUAAUUGUUUUGCACAUUUACUCAAACUGCAUCACUAAUGUCAGUAUACAUAAGUCUUAAACAAUUCUUAACACUGACAACUUUCAUUUUCUUAUAUAUGUAUUUUUAAUUAAAUGCACUGAUGACAAUAGCAUUCUUUCUAUGCUUAUGACACUACACACAGUGCUUAGCAGAAUGUGGUAAGUAGUAGCUUUAAAUUCUUUUGAGGGCAUCUGAGAACGGGGGCUUAUAGGCUGUACUGUCAAACUGUGGACAGUGUAGUCUGUCUGUGAUAUCUUAUAUAAUUAAAUCAAGAUAUUGGUGACGUCACAUUUUUGUAGUAAUGACAUUGACAAUACACACGAUGGUAGUUAGUGGUAGCUUUUAAGUUCUUCUUAGAGCAGGCAUCUGAAGUUAAGGGCUGGGAGACUGUACUGUAACAUUGUGGACUGUUUCGUUUUUCUGUGAUAUCUUCAAUGAUUUUACCAUAUAUGGUAAUUGUAGUUUCUUAUGUGGGCAUCUGAUAGCAAAGGUUCAGAAAGUGUGUUGUCUUGCAGUAGGCAGUAAAGUACUCUGUGAUAUCAUAUAUGUUUUGACCAGAACAUUGUUGAUGCUACUUAGAACAUCCAAUUAUCUUAGCCAGAAUGCUGAUCUAUGCAAGCAGGAAAACUGGAAACUAGAACUGCUGAGUUUGAGCUUCAGUGUAAAGUGACUGUCUUUGGUAUAGUGUAGCUCUAACGUGGAUUAAUGAGAUAUAAAAUCCUAUAUUUAUACAUGUUUGAUUUUUUUUUCAAGUAUAAUAUCACAAGUUUAAGAUAAAGUAUAACCAUAAUAAUUCAGCUUGUUUUAAGAAAAUGUUACAUAAUAUUUUCAAAAAGAAAAUUUUAUUAUUAUUUUUUAAGAUAUAUAUAUAUUUAUAUACAUAAACCAAGCAGCUGCAUUUGAAAUAUAUUUUUAGAUAAUAAACUUAGUGUUAACUAAAGUUCUUCCAUCUCUGAAAGUUCAAUAAUCAGUGCUAAUUAUGCAAUUCUCAUCCAGAUAUCAGAGUUGUUGUUUUUUUAUUCUGGUUUUAGGUGAUGAAGUAUUUUGGGUAUUUCACUGCAAGACUGUUAUUAAGGACACAUGUUCAAAAGACUAUUGUUCUAUUUGUAAAAUAUUUAUUGUUAGUUAUAUAUUUUUUAUACAUGGUGCAUAAGAAAUAUAAUGUAGAAAUAUUAGCUUUAGAUGGGGAAAAAAUGGAAUAAAAAAAGUUAGAAACCUAAUUUUCAAUAAGCAUUAUACAAAUAGUAUUAAAUAAUUAUUUUAAAAUAGCCAUACUGUUCUAAUGACUGGGAAAUGAAACUAUAUAUAUAUGUAUAUAUAUAAAAAAGCCAGUAAAGGUAAUUUUUGUUAUCAUUGUAUAGGAAACACCUUUUUUUUUUGAAUAUUUAAAAUGCAUGGAAAGACAUGGUAAAACUGGAAUUGUUAUUAACUAAGCUCAGUUUCUAAUUCUCCACAGAAAUGGUUACACUUUCCUGAUUUACUAAUUCUUUAAGUGUUGUAUUUAUUUCAAAUAUGUGGUUAUUUGUAUCUAUAGAAAGUGUGCAUAUCUGAUCUUUAAUAUUAUACUUACAUAUUUACUCACCUGCAAGUCUAUUUUUCUUAUAAGAUUUGCUAUAUAUAUUUCAAUUAGUGGAUGGAAAAAAUAUGUAUGCAUAUGAUUACCACAUUUCAUUAUCUUUGGUUACACCAAGAAAACUCAUACUUGUAUUAAUGUGAUCAAAAUCUCUUGAAAACAGAUGAAUAGAAUUAAAUUGUAUGUAGGUAUUGUCGAUAAAAUUUUGUAAAAUGAUAUUUUUCAUGUAUGCCGAACAACUACAAUAUCUUAAAACAUUCUGAAAAAAAAUUUUACAAAAUGGAUGUAAAGACUGUAAAAGAUUUCACUUUUUUUUUGUAACAGUAUGUUCAAAGUCAAGCUUAUAGAGAAAGACAGUAACUUAAUGUUGCUUUAUAUGUUUUAUGUGUGUAUGCUAAACAAAAAAAAACUGGAGAAUAGAGGAUAGAAUUAAAUAAAUUUGGAACUGUAACAAUAUUCAUGAAAAACGGUGUUUAUUUUUGAUUUAAAAAAAAUCAAUAACCAGAUAUACUGGAAAAAAGUACAUACAGAGAGGAAUUGUUAGUUGAGCAAAUACAAUUUUCUUUUUACUUAUUUAAAGCAGGGUAGUUUGUGAAAAAAAGUUUCAGAUUUUUGAUUUAUGUUAAUAUCCAUGUGAUAUGAAUUAUCUAAAAUGUGUAGAUAGGUAAGUUGUUACAUCAAAAUUUAUUCAAACCUUUGUACGUUUUUUACCUCAAAGGAACUAGCAGAACAUGUAUUUUGUUUAUCAUUUUAUCCAGGUUCAAUAACUAGUUGCAGAAAGUUGUUGAACACUGAUUUUUAUUUGAGGCACAAUUUGACCAAGGCUUAUUUUUAUUCAUAUCAUUUGAAUAUUAAAAUAUGCUUUGUUCAUAAAGUCUUAAGAACUCAAAUAUCUGGUGAGAAAACUUAUAUAUUGUACUGAAAUAACGUAUAUAUUUUAUACACAAUAAAUGUAGACAUUGUCACAUUUUUUUUAUGGAAGUUUUAUUGUUAAAUGGAAUUAAUUGUAAGAUAUUGAAAUGUUUAAACCUGAAAUAAGAGUUGGUUAUUAGUAAAUAUGUAUACACCUAUAUAAAUUUCUAUAGAUAUGUAUAUUUGUGUAUGUGUAUGUUUUAAGAACACAAAAACAUUGUUACUUUUUAUCACUAAGAACAUGACUUUGAUAGUGUCAUUUUUUCAUCCCAGUUAUUUAGAAAAAUCCUUGUUCAUUCUGUUUUUGUUUUACAAAUUUCAGUUAAACUAUGCAAUUUAGAUAUAUAUUACCAGAUUCAAAAUUAAUUGUAUUUUAAAUUUGAAAAUUGUCUCGGUUGUUAUAGUACUUUUGUGUUAGUAAUUUAUACACGUUCAGAAAAAUUUCUUGUUUAUAAUAAGUUAUACAGUUAAUAUAUCUAAGCUUCAAAACACCAUCAAGCAUAUAUCUUUAUUGAAAAUUUCUUCACAGAAAGGUGAUCCUGAUCCAUUCUUCACUCGGAUAUGUUUCCUUAAAAUUAUCAAAUGACUUUAACAAGUAAAAUAUUGAAACAGCUCAUCAUGAAUGUAUUCCAGGUUAUAGUUUUUAAGAUGUUAAAAAUCGGCUGGUAAUUAUGAAAUAAAUACCACUAAAAUAACCUA